AACCUAAGCUAGCUUUAUCAAUAACAUAUACGUACUAUCUAUAAUUUCUAGUUGCUGGGAAAAUAAACAUAUAUAAUUUGAACGUAGAAGCUAGCUAGGCUAGCAUUUCAACGAAGUAAAUGGCCACCACACCAGGCUUCCUCACGGACUGGCCUUGGAGACCACUAGGAACUUUUAAGUACGUGCUAUUGGCUCCAUGGGUAGCACACAGUGUGUAUAGUUUUGUGACAAGUAAGGAGGAGAGUGAAAGGGACUACACAAACUUGUUGGUUUUCCCAUUCCUUCUCUCCCGCAUCCUUCACAACCAGCUCUGGAUCAGCUAUUCCCGUCACCGGACCGGCACCGGAAAAAACCGAAUUCUCGACAAACCUAUCGAGUUUGAUCAAGUUGAUCGUGAAAGCAACUGGGACGAUAAUAUUAUGUUAAGUGGGUUAUUAAUUUAUGUGUUCAACGUUUUGACAUCAAAGGCUUCACAAUUGCCGGCAUGGCGCCUAGACGGCUUACUGAUAACGGUUCUCCUCCAUGCUGGUCCCGUGGAGUUCCUUUAUUAUUGGUUGCAUAGGGCUUUGCACCACCACCAUCUCUACUCCCGCUAUCACUCCCACCACCACUCCUCCAUUGUCACCGAACCUAUUACUUCGGUGAUUCAUCCAUUUGGAGAGCAUUUGGCGUACUUUUUGUUGUUUGCAAUUCCGAUGCUAACAACCGUGUUCAGUGGAACUGCAUCCAACGUUGUCCUUUUUGGCUACAUUACAUACAUUGAUCUUAUGAACAAUUUGGGACAUUGCAACUUUGAGUUCAUACCUACAUGGCUCUUCUCCAUCUGCCCCCCUCUCAAAUACUUGAUGUAUACACCAUCGUACCAUUCGCUCCAUCACACUCAAUUUCGAACCAAUUAUUCACUUUUCAUGCCAUUUUACGACUACAUGUAUGGGACAAUGGAUAAGUCAACACAUACAUUAUAUGAAACAUCUCUCAAGAAAGAAGAAGAUUCCCCUGAUUUAGUCCACCUCACACAUCUAACAAAUCUAGAAUCUAUAUUCUUUCAAAGGAUUGGGUUUUCGUCUUGGGCAUCCUUUCCCCAGAGACAAAAGUGGUACUUUUGGUUGAUGUCUCCAAUCACAUAUUUUACCAUGAUCAUGAACUGCAUAUACGGUCAAACUUUCAUCGCGGAGAGAAAUGUUUUGGGCAAAAUCAAGUUGCAAUCUUGGGUUAUACCAAAGUACAAAGUUGAGUACCUAGUUAAAUGGCAAUCACAAAUGAUCAUCAACAACUUGAUUGAGAAAGCUAUAUUGGAUGCAGAAGCAAAAGGUGUCAAAGUGUUAAGCUUAGGUCUUCUUAAUCAGAGUGAAGAGCUCAACAACAAUGGAGAGAUUUACAUCCAAAAGCACAAAGAUUUAAAAAUAAAAAUUGUGGAUGGAAGUAGUUUGGCAAAUGCAAUAGUGGUCAACACGAUUCCAAAGGAAACGACAGAGGUUCUUCUUAUAGGAAAACUCACCAAAGCCUGUCUCUCCUUAGCUUCAACAUUAAGCCAAAGUGGCAUCAAGGUUGUUACUUCGUGUAAAGACAAUUACAAGAAGCUUAAGCUCAGAUCUAAUUGCCAAAGUAACUUUGCUUUGUCAGAGAGUUUCACACAAAAGAUAUGGUUAGUUGGAGAAGGACUCACAGAAGAAGAACAAAAUAAGGCAAUGAAGGGAACAUUGUUCAUCCCUAUAUCACAAUUACCUCCCAAGAAAUUCCGUCAUGACUGUUUCUAUCAUUACACUCCAGCAAUGUUAGCCCCACCGUCCCUUCAAAAUAUGCAUACUUGUGAGGUCGAAAUUCAUAUGUGCAGGAUUGGCUACCAAGGAGGGUGAUGAGCGUUGCACGAGUGAGCGGGAUUGUACAUGUUUUAGAAGGAUGGAACGUGCACGAAUUCAGUGGCGAGACAAUGUUGGAUAUUAAUAAAAUAUGGCUAUCCACCCUUAGUCAUGGUUUCCAACCACUCCCAUUGCAUGGACAUUGAUUUAAUGCAGAAUUUCAUCUAAUUUCCUUCACAUGUUUAAUGUUGUACUAUUCCUUUCGAUCAAGUGUGUUAAAAUUUAAAUACAUUAUUAGAACAUAUGUGUGGGAUGGAUCUUAUAUUUCCGGGGCACCUUUUGUGAGAUAAGAACAAUCGAAGUUAAAUGCACUUCAUUAUUAGUUGAAUAUGUACUAUAUUAUCUUUGCAUCUUUUAUUUCAAAAUCAUGUAAUAUUGUAUCAUAGUCAAAGUUCUAUAUAGAUUUUCAC